AUGAAAACAGAAUCAGAUAAUGAAAUAGAGACAUUAUAAACUAUGUGGAAAAAUAUUAAGUAUUAUGAUAUUUUAAUAAAUAGAUAACGUAUGGAAUCAAAACAUGAUGAUUCAGAUAUUUUGUAAUAGCCUCCAUAAUAAAUUACAAUUAAUAGCCCAUAUGCAGCUAAAAAUUAUUAAGUUUAAAUUUAAGCUUUACAAGAUGAAUUGUUUUAAAAAAAUACUAAAUUAAUAACUGCUUAAUAGUAAUUGAAUUAAAUUAAUGAUGAAAAUUCAUAAUUAUAGGAUGAAUUAGAGUAAGUGAAAAUUGAAAAUUCGUUAAUGAAAUAGAAAUUGGAAUUGAUUGAAUCAUAAAUAGAUUCAAUAUAAGCAGAUAAAGAAAGUUUAAAAUUAAUAAGGUUGGAGAAUGAAUAGUUGAGAAUUGAUGUAAAAAAAUUGCUUGAAUUAUUAAGAAAUACAAAAGAAUAUAAUAACAUAGGAUUUGAUGAAAGUCAAUCUUAUAUCAAAGGAAGUGUAAAGUUUGACACUAGAAAAUCUAAAAUAAAUGAAGUGUAUAUAAUUAUAUCAUAUUUUAAUAGAAAUUGGGUUCCCACUAAAUGUAUUGAAUUGAUGUAAGAUUAUGAUAAUAAGGAAGAAAUUUUAUUAUAAUUAAGUAAUUAAUUCCAAAAUUGUUACUAAGAUAAAAUAAUUAAAUUAAAGUAAUAAUCUUAAUAAGAAAUUGAAUAAUUAAAAAGAUAAUUAGAUAGUAGAACAACAGUUGAUGGAAUGCAAUAACAAAAGUAAAUAGAAAGGCUUAAAAAAUAAAAAAAUGGGAAUGGUAAAGAUAAAGUAGAUAUCUCUUAAUUGUAAGAUUGUUUUAAUUUGAUCAAAUAAAAGGAAUAAUUGAUUUUAGAACUUUAAUAAAAGAUAUAAGAAAUGAAUUAGUAAAUGAAUUCAGAUGAAAAUUAUACUAGUAUUAAAAAACAAGUAUUUAUUGAAGGGGCUUAAUGGAUAUGUAUUAUAUGAUCUAAUUAUGUAAGUGGCUAAAAUAAUGGAUGAAGUUGUUGCAUAUGAAAUCAGUUUGAAUGAAUUGAAUUAUGAUGUAGCAAUUAAAAUAGAAAGUCUAAUGAGUUCAGAAGACAUUGUUUAAUAAUAAAUAAUAAACAAAGUAUAUUAUUGGAUAACAGAUACUUCAAGAGAAUUAAUUGACACAUUUAAAGAUAAGUUAUAAUCAAUUAUGAAUACUACUAAUAGUAGGAUAUAAUAGUUAUGA